AGAUCAAUCACUCGAACGGUCAUUGUUUAAGAAUAGCAGAAAUGGACGCUCUUUCAAUAGGAAAUGAUAAUAGACCCCCGAUCUUGCGGAGAGAUGAGUACGUAAUGUGGAAGAACAGGUUUCUCAAUUUUCUCGAAAGCAAAGACAACUCUUCAGCCAUGCUUGAAUCACUGACGGAGGGACCAGCUCAGAUUUGGAUGAUACUUAGAGGUGACAAUGAUAAUGAGCCCCCCGUUGAACCAGUAAGGAUACCUAAAGCUGUCGAAGAGUAUACUGAAGAAGAUAGAUUGAGAGUCAAGGCUGAUCUGAUGGCAAAAACGUAUCUGCUCCAAGCAAUUCCAAACGACAUCUAUAUCCUGAUAGAUAGUAUGGAUUCUGCAAAGGAGAUGUGGGACGAGAUUAGAAAGCUGAUGGAAGGAACCAAUCUGGGUCUGAAAACCAAGAAAGCAAGUACUCUAACUGCAUAUGACUCUUUCAAGGCUAGACCUGGUGAACCACUGCAUGAGACUUACAACAGAUUUGGCAAGCUUGUGAAUGACUUGCGAAAGAUUAAUGUGAACAAAGCCAACAUGGAGCUGAACAUACGAUUCCUUUCUAGUCUGAGCCCUGAAUGGAAGAGAACAGUGAAGAAUGUGAGACAGAGUCUAGAUCUUGAUGAAGUUGAUCUUUACACCAUUCAUGAUCAUCUACAACAGUUUGUAAACGACACUGCAGAACCCGAAAUUGCUGAUCCAUUUGCUCUAGUGAUGGAAACUCAGACGAGGAGUACCACUAAAACGCAAAAGAAGAAGAAAGCUGUAGUGAUGUCAGAAGAAGAUGAAGGAAGUGAUGAAGAGAUAGACAUGGAGUCUGAAAUGGCAGAGUUGCAGAAGAAAAUGGCACUCUUGACCAAACAAUACAACAGAAGGUUUAUUAAGAAGAACACUUCAUCCAACAAGCUGAGAACCUCCUCAUCCAACUACAAACCAAAGCGGUUUGAGCAGAAUUCCUCAGAAGGAGUUGUUGCAGCAGAAGAACCUCCUAAAUGCUUUAAUUGCGGAAAGCCAGGACAUCUGAUCAAAGACUGUCGCCUACCAAGAAGGAGGGACUUCAAUUACUACAAGCAGAAAAUGCUCCUGAAUAAGCAAAAGAUGUUCAUGGCAAAGCAAGAAGAUGAAAAUGCAGCACUGCUCGCUGAGAAGGACCAUUGGAUGGAGGAUGAUUCUUCAGAUGAGGAAGAAGAAAACUUAGCUUUAAUGGCGAUAGUGGAAAAGGAUGAAAGAAAGGGUGAUGCUGCGAUCCCCAGAGAUGAUGAAGGUGAAAGCUCAAACAGCAUUGAACCAAAGUGAGUCGGAGAUGGGAGAAGAGAGAGGAGUGGAAGUCAAGAAGAAGAGAGAUUGCUGAAGGAAAGAAGAAAGUGUUUUUGAAAAAUAAAAAUUCUAGUUCAAGUGCGAUGUUCUAUUCCAAAAAUAAUUGUAGCUCUGGCUCUGUUAAGCAGUCUAGUAGUCAAAGUUCAGUCUUGAGUCCCAAGCUGAAUGUUUCUAGAUCAAAUGUUGAACCCUUUGUAUCUUCUGAUAAUGUUUAUGGAUAUGAUGGUAGUUUAUCAAGUUCUGAUUUUGAUAGUGAUAUGAAUGAUGUGAGAUGGAGAAGAAACAAUGAACAAAGAUCACGAAAGAAAUCUGAGAAUGAAUUUGUUGAGGGUUAUUAUGACUUUUUGCAUUUAAAAUACCCCCUCCGAAUUCAUUCAAAGAAACAUCUGAAAAGACUCUCCAAAGAAGAAAUUUUUAAGCCAUAUCUUAAUCAACAUCCAUUCACUCACUAUGAUCAUGUCUCAUCUC